GCAUGAUACUAUACUUAUUUACAUCCUCUAUCUCUGCAUCGCAAGUUUUUUAAAUGUUAUUUUUUUUCCAAAUAAAAGUGUAAAAAGAGCUAUGUUAAGAUGAUWUAAGUAGCAGUCCUUACUAGCAUGAGCUCAUCCUCCGUAGGGCAGUGUGUAUUUCGCUUGGCAGCGCAUGAGCUCACUGCAUUACCUAAGCUAAGCUGAGGCAAUUCCCAGCGCGGCUGGAAUCAGCUCAGGGAGCGGAGCUGCUGCUCUCACACUGGUGUCGUGGGGCAGAAAAAGCAUUCUGCCUAGCAACAGGGAUGCCUCUUUGUGCAUCUUCUGCUAUCCAAAGGAAUAGACGUGAACAGGAGCUUUAAGGGACUGCAAAGCCUGUGGGAUUUAGAGGUAAAUUCCAGAUUCUAUUCUGAAUGUUUGUGGAUAUCUAAUGCUGAAAUACUGAGUGAGUGGGUAUUCCACGCAGUAACCCUCCAAAUUCUCUGCGUUUUGRAUGGAGCUUGUAUAAAUAACUGCAAGGAUAGGGAGUUUAUCAURCCACAUAAUAAUGGUGGCACGAUAGAUCUUCAGCACCAUAGACCUUGUUCCUGCCCCAUGCUGUUGUAUUUAAACUUCUAAAAUAUAAGGUACCGUGUUUAUUUGCUACUUUUAUAAUUUGAUUUUCAGGAUUUUUCUUGUGAGCCAUUAACUUAUAUGAUCUGCUUCACAGGUCUGGAAUCUUCUUUUAAGCGAGAAGACUUCUAAAUUACAUCAGUGCUCCAAGAUCCAGCUGAGAAUUAAGAGCCGUAAUGAUGGAUAUAAGAGAUGCACAGCAAUCGGGGGAAGAUGUGGAAGAUGCAAAAUCUGUUCCUGGUUCCAAAGGCAAGAGCCUUCCUGUUAGCAGGUCUAUGGACUCUGGAAUGCUGCCAGACUACACUUACAGAAUGGACUAUCCGGAGAUGGGAGAAUGUGUGAUAAUAAACAACAAGAACUUCCACCGAGAGACUGGAAUGUUAGCUCGUUCAGGUACAGAUGCAGAUGCUGCAAGCGUUAGAGAAGUUUUUAUGAUGCUGGGAUAUAAAAUCAAGCUUAACAAUGAUCUUUCAUGCAGGGAUAUCUUCAAACUACUGAAAAACAUUUCUGAAGAAGAUCACAGCAAGAGAAGCAGCUUUGUCUGUGUGUUGCUAAGCCAUGGUGAAGAAGGCCUCAUCUAUGGUAUAGAUGGCCCCCUUGAACUGAAAGCACUAACCAGCCUUUUCAGAGGAGACAAAUGCAGGAGUUUGGCAGGAAAACCCAAGCUUUUCUUCAUUCAGGCUUGUAGAGGCACAGAAUUGGAUUCAGGUAUUGAGGCGGACAGUGGACCAGAUGAACCAAUGUGUCAAAAAAUACCUGUAGAAGCAGACUUCCUGUAUGCGUAUUCUACUGCUCCAGGCUACUACUCCUGGAGAAACGCAGCGGAAGGCUCCUGGUUUAUUCAGUCGCUGUGUAGGAUGCUGAAGGAGCACGCAAGGAAACUUGAACUCAUGCAGAUUCUAACGCGGGUAAAUCGCAAAGUGGCAGAAUACGAAUCCUGCUCAAAUCGGCAAGAUUUCAAUGCAAAGAAACAGAUUCCCUGCAUUGUUUCCAUGCUCACCAAAGAGUUUUAUUUCCCUUCCUAAAAAAAAUYCCUGUACCUUGUGAUUAUUUUUUUAGCUUCUGUUUCUUAAUUUGUAAUUUAUACACAAUGUUAGUAUGGAAUACCACUUGAAAUUACUGUUCACUACUGUGUGUAGUAUAGAAGAGCUGCCUGAGUUAGAUGUGUCUGUUAGGAGUAUAACUGCUUGUAUCAGAAAUUCAAAAUGAAAGGGCUAAAGCACUGGCAAAUUUGAAAAUAUUGUUCUGAAUACAUGGAGCAAUUAGGAAGAAAAGACUGAGGAAAGAUAACAUCACCUCUGAUUUGGUGCUACAUUUCCCGUUACUGAAGAGGCAGAGGAGAACUGUUUUUGUAAACAGUUCGGAUUCAUAUCUUUGUAGUAGGGAAAAAUCAAGAUAUAUGGUAUGUACUUACUAGUGAUGAUGAUAGUAGUGUCAUUGCACAUUUCUUAAACUUGUGCUUUUAAAGAUUAGGUUGUAGAUUAACUUAAACCUUUUUUAAAAUUAUUGUUUUUCCACUGUUUAUAAUCKGUUUCAUUUUUUACACACUUUAGGGAGAAUAGUUAGUGAAGACAACUUUGUCCAGGUUAUUUUCUAUGAUAUAUUGGGUAUCUAUUUAAAAAUAAGUUGUACUGAGGGACCAGUCUUCCAAAAKGUCUUCUUCCCACUUCUCUCCCACCUCCCCACCCCCCACAAAAAAAUCAGUGCAAAAAACUGCACUCUGAAUAAUCUGGGUUCCUUGUUUUGGCU